UUUGGGGGUCCGGCCCCAUCAGAACCGCGUCCCACCAGCCCUCGACCGCCCCUGGCCCCCCGCCCGCCGGCGGGACCUUCCCGGACCCAGGCGGAAGACGUCGGGGCAGCGGCCGGAUUAGAGGCGAAGGCGGAGGAAGCCGUUUCCUCCUCCGGCCCCCGGAUAAAAACCCCGGGGCCGACGGCGGCAGGAGGAAGACGCGGCCGCCGCGACGCUUUAUCACCUCGGGUGGAGCCUCCCCACCCACCCCCCCACCCACCACCCCCCCCCCUUGGGGGCCAAGGCCACGAGGCCCCACGUCGUUCCCCUCCGCUCCUGUCCCUCCGGCAUGAAGGUCCUCGUGGUGAUGCUCCUGGCUCUGGUACCUGCAGCCUCCAGGAACGUCCUGUGGGUGCUCGAAGGGACCUCCUGUGACCUGCCCUGGCAGGCUGCCCUCUUCAAAGGCGACAAGUUCAUCUGCGGGGGCACGCUGGUGGCCAGGAACUGGGUGCUGACGGCCGCCCACUGCCACGUCCCAGGCUUCGUCGGCGUGCGGCUCGGGGGCCGGGGGGCCAAGGAACCGGGCGGCUCGGAGCAGCGGCGGUUCUCCUCCAAGGUCAUCAGCCACCCGCGCUACGACCCCGCCACCAAGGACAACGACCUCAUGCUCCUCAAGCUCCUCCUGCCCGUCCGCGUCAACGAGCGGGUCAAGCCGCUGCCCUUGGCCACCCAUUGCCCCGUGCCUGGCAAGACCUGCCAGGUCUCGGGAUGGGGGUCCACCACCAGCCCUGAAGUGAACUUCCCCGAGGACCUGCACUGCGCCAAGGUGACCAUCGUGGCGGAGGAGCAAUGCCGGAGGACCUACCCCGGCUCCAUCACCGCCAACAUGGUGUGCGCCGGCGAGCACAGCAGCCGGGCCGACUCUUGCCAGGGUGACUCCGGGGGUCCCCUCAUGUGCGACGGGCGGCUCCAGGGCAUCGUCUCGUGGGGACCGGGGAUCUGCGGGGACCCCCAGAAACCCGGCGUCUACGUCAACAUCUGCAAAUACAUCCGCUGGAUCCAGGACACCAUGAGAAGGAACUGACCUCCCCAAUCCACCCGCGCCCCAGAAGUCCUCUCCUUACCUUCUCCUCCUCCUCCUCCUCCCUCAGCGAAGCUCCCCGGAGCCGGCCGGUCCGAGCGCCGCAGCGUGGGUCUGGGGAAGGGGGAGAUGAUGGUCGGUCGCGAGGGGCCCUGUUGAGACGCCGCUGAAUAAAGCUUUCCACCGUGGGGGCGGUGGCUCGUGUCUUUGGAGAGCUGGAGCACG